GGAAAUGUAUUUAGUGCAGUGCAUGCAUUUCAAUCAUUUCUAUCUGUCAGUGUUUUAUCUCGGAUUUACUGUCUGAAGGUUCUAUAUUAAGGAUACGUUUCCCAAGAAGGAAAUCUUCACUCAAGAAAUUUCCAACUUGUUUGCAAGAAAUGGCAACAAGAUCAAAGUUUUUGGACAGUGCAAUAAUAAGAGGUUCUCACUCUCUCACUGCCUCUAACCAUCUUCAUGCCUUAAGAAGUGGGGUAAACUCAUCAAUAGCAUCAUCACCUGAGAAGCCUUUUCCAUGUUCAAGUUAUACUUCAAUGAAAGAAGACACAUGGAUUAGUCAUAUCCCUUCAAAAUUCAAUGGCCAUGAAGACAUCAAGAAUGGCAAAGAGAACAACCAAUCCAAUUCUAUCUUCCCAGUCCCAGACAUGAAAAACAGCUCCAUUCCUCUAAAUCUCUUGGAAACUCUCCCUCCAUUAACUAUAGGACCAUGUUUUGAUGAGCCAGUGGUUUCUCUAGUAUCAUCAUCUUCUGCCACACCAACAAAUUUUCCAAACUUGACUUUGUUUUUGCAGGAACCCUCCAUGAUGUACUCAUCAUCGUCAAGUAUCAAAGGUGGUGAAGUCAUGUCAGCAACUUCAGAUUCCACAUAUCAUGUGUCUCAGUUUGGCCAAAACCAGCAUCAAGCAUGUAGUGAUGCACACAAAAUGAACAAGAAUUGGUUGAGUAGCACUAGGACUCAGCCUAUGAAGUAUGGUGGAAGAGGGAAGGUGUUUAAAGGGGUGAGGCAGAGACACUGGGGGAAAUGGGUGGCUGAGAUUAGAUUACCAAGAAACAGGACAAGGGUUUGGCUAGGGACUUUUGACACUGCUGAAGAUGCUGCCAUUGCAUAUGACACAGCAGCAUACAUACUAAGAGGAGAAUAUGCUCAGUUGAACUUCCCAGAUCUCAAGCAUGUGAUUCAAGCCAAUUCUCUGAAUGGAACCACUGCUGCACUUGUGGAGGCAAAACUACAAGCAAUUUCACAAGGUGUUUCUUCUCAUAAGAAGUCCAAUGUCUCACUAGCAGGGUCAAGAAUUAAGCACACUGAUGAGAAUGGAAUAUUGACAAGUAUAAGUGGAAAGGAUUCAAAUUCAACCAUAAGGGUUGGAGCUGAGAUAAGUGAGAGAAGCAAAAGUACACUCCAUGAGAUGUCAGAUUUGGAAACUGUUCAGUUAAGUAGAAUGCCCUCCUUAGACAUGGACGAUAUUUGGAAUGAACUUUCAGUCUCUAAUUUAUGACCCUUGUUUUUUCUACUUUGAAAGCAUACAUAUAGUAACCCUGUUUUAUCUACAGUUAUAUUUCUCAUUUGGACCUCAAGUUCAGUUUAAAGCUCAUUAGAUCAUUCUAGAUUUGGCAGUUUUCCAGUUCCUAUAAUGUAUGUAUUGAAACUAGUAUCCUUCUAAAACGCCCUUUGUUCAGGGGCAUUUAUA